AUGCUCAAUUCACAUACUUUAUACUCUAUGGAAGACGAAAAUGUAUUUUCAAUGUCAGUACCUAAGAAUAUGUUUAUACCGAGUGGUAAUAUAGAUGAUAUUUGUGAUACAGAUAAGAAUAUUCCAUCAGUUUUAUUAUCACCAAGUCUGGCAUCGAAAUGUAAGAAAAAUAUACAGAUAAACAAUUCAAAUAAUAAUAAUAAUAUUACUAUUAAUAAUAAUAUUGAAACGACAAUAAAGGAUGGUGGAUGGAUGCUUGCUUUAGAUGACUCAAUAAUACUACCUACAUCUAAAAUUGGCAAAAUAAGGAUGAAGAAUAAAACUCUAGAAGACAGAAAUAUAGGCAGAGGCAGAGGCAGUAAUAGUAGUAGUAGUAGUAGCUGUAGUAGCAAUACUUUAAAUAGUGCUACUAGUUUUUUUUUAAAUACAGAAGAAAGUUGUUACAACUAUUAUAACAUGGCACAACAAAAUUACCAACUCUGGUUAUCAUCAUUCUAA